AUGGCGCUACCCGUACCCGUAGACCAAAACCGGGGUAUCUUAAGCUCUCUAGUAUUAAAUAUUUACGUGGCGUACCUACAAAGAUUCAGACUAAAUGCACCAGUUGUUAAGACAAAUGUCGUUUCUGAAUGGAUAGAUUGCGUAAUGGAGUGUGCAACUGAGAUAUGUUGUAGAUCUAUCAAUUUCAAGAAGAAAUGGACUUCAAAAAAUGAUUCAAAUUGUGAAAUGUUACACAACGUGGUUUACAAUACAUCUGAGAGAUUACUGGAGAAGAAUUCCUCCUAUGAUUAUGUUUAUCUUGUUAACCCACAAAAGGAGUUCAAUGCCACCUGUUUUGUUAACACUUUCGAUGAAAUUAUAGCAGGCUACGUCUGCGCUGAUAUUUAUCAUAAAGGAAUAAAAGACAGUGGAAUUUAUGAAAUUGACCCAGACGGAAAGGGAAGUUUCAAAGUGUUUUGUGAUAUGACAACAUCAGGUGGAGGAUGGACUGUAUUUCAACGUCGUCUUGAUGGAAGUGUUGACUUCUACCGAGGAUGGCAAGAUUACAAACAAGGUUUUGGUAACUUGAGCGGAGAAUAUUGGCUUGGACUUGAUAAAAUACACAUGAUGACAAAUAUUUUAGAAAAUGAACUUCGUAUCGAUAUGGAAGAUACAUCUGGAAACACUACAUACGCUCAUUAUGAUUCAUUUAAUGUCAGCAGCGAAAAUGAGAAGUACAAGUUGAAUGUUGGGGGUUAUCAUGGUAAAGCAGGAGAUAAUUUAUCAUAUAAUGAUGGCAUGGCGUUCUCUACCAAGGAUUCUGACAAUGAUAUCAAUUUGGAACGUAAUUGUGCGGUGGAUUGCAAAGGAGCUUGGUGGUAUCGUGGUUGUUACCAUGCCAAUUUGAAUGGUUUCAAUUAUUAUGGCGCUCACACAUUGUUCGGUGAUGGAAUCAACUGGGGGAACGCCCAGUAUUCAUUGACGUCUACAUCAAUGAAGAUGCGACCUCACAAAAGUCGGUGGAGUUUAAAAGCUAAAACCAAACCGAAUAUAGAAGUGAGCUGGAAAAGAAAACCCAUAGCUCAAAUUCCCCGAGAUGACUCGCAUUUAAAGAGACAGCAAGUCCAAAGCUGCUCUUCAUCGCUUGUUGCUGAAAUGAACAGGUUGGUGAGUAAUAGCUAA